GGGUUGGCUUCUCAGGAGCAGGGUGAAGUCAUUCCCAUUGGCGAUUGAAAAUCUCUGACCUCUGCGAAUGCGCCUAUCUACAGAUAAAUUCACACUGUUACACGGAGAAAGGUUAAGCAUUUGUGUAAUUUUGAGAGGUGUUGUUUACUUGUCCUUGGCCACUGGAGUUCGUACCAUCUGGCAAGCCUACGAGCCUUGGGCGAGGCGCCUGUCCCCUCACAGCCUGGCCAGAAGAAUGUGUGGUCCAAGUUUUGGAUUUUGCCCAUCUGACAGACCAGCCGGUUCCUGCCGCGGGCGCUCGGCGUCAUCCGGGGAGAACAUGCCCGGGCCCCCUAAGUGCCGGCUGCGGCUGCUUCGGGGCGCCCCGAGACAGCGGCUCUGCACCCUGUUCAUCAUCAGCUUCAAGUUCACGUUUUUCGUCUCCAUCAUGAUCUACUGGCACAUCGUGGGAGAGCCCAGAGGCCAGAGAGAGUUCUCUCACUUGCCUGCCGAGGUCCCCUGCCCCCAACUGGUGCCCCCUACGCUGCUGUCCAGCACCCCGCCCCCGGGCAACAUCUUCUUCCUGGAGACCUCAGACCGGACCAACCCCAACUUCCUGUUCAUGUGCUCGGUGGAGUCGGCCGCCAGGGCCCACCCCGAGUCCCGGGUGGUGGUCUUGAUGAAGGGGCUGCCCGGCGGGAACGCCUCCCUGCCCCGGCACCUGGGCCUCUCGCUCCUGGGCUGCUUCCCCAACGUGCACCUGCUGCCGCUGGACCUGGAGGAGCUGUUCCGGGACACGCCCCUGGCGGCCUGGUACGCGGCCCGGCGGCACCGCUGGGAGCCGUACGUGCUGCCCGUGCUCUCCGACGCCUCCCGCAUCGCGCUCAUGUGGAAGUUCGGCGGCAUCUACCUGGACACGGACUUCAUCGUCCUCAGGAACCUGCAGAAUCUGACCAACACGCUGGGCACUCAGUCCCGCUACGUCCUCAACGGUGCCUUCCUGGCCUUCGAUCGCCACCACGAGUUCAUGGCUCUGUGCAUGCGUGACUUCGUGGCCCACUACAACGGCUGGAUCUGGGGCCACCAGGGCCCGCAGCUGCUCACGCGGGUGUUCAAGAAGUGGUGCUCCAUCCGUAGCCUGGACGACAGCCACGCCUGCCGCGGCGUCACCGCCCUGCCCAGCGAGGCCUUUUACCCCAUCCCCUGGCAGGACUGGAGGAGGUACUUCCAGGAGGUCAGCCCCGAGGAGCUGCAGCGGCUGCUCAAGGUCACGUACGCCGUCCACGUGUGGAACAAGAAGAGCCAGGGCACGCGCUUGGAGGCCACGUCCCGGGCGCUGCUGGCCCAGCUGCAAGCCCGCUACUGCCCCACGACGCAUGAGGCCAUGAAGAUGUACUCGUGAGGGGCCUGCUGGGGGCACCCUCCUCACACCACGGGGGGUCCUGAUGGAGGAGGACUCCUGGCCACCUUUCCUGGGCAGGGGGCGGAUGGGAGGGCCCGGGACAGGGAGGCCUGAGUGGCCACAGCCUAGGAUUCGGGGCAGGCCCAGGGGAGGGUGGGCAGCUGUCUGCCCCAGAGGUGUGCUUGGAGGACCCACUGCAGGCCCCCAGGUCCGCUCCCUCCCGGGCGAGGCCGGUGGGACACCCCGCCCAGCCUGUGUGCUUUCUCAGGGUGCAGGCAACGAGUAGGGGUUGGGGAGGGCCCCAGCCCAGAAUCCGCUGUCGUGCACGUCUGGGUCUUCUGGACAGCACACCAGAGCUGUGUGCACUAAAGCAGCUUCUGGGCAUCUCGGGGCAGCCAGCCCAGUGGGGGCCAAGGUGCCCACAAUGAGAGAGCAUGGAUGGAAAAACCCCAGAACAGGGGUAGGAAGGAGAGGGGAUGGGGGAGACAGCAGGGGUGCAUACCCGGCCUCAUGAGUCCCGGUUGGGGGUUGGGGCUGGCAGGGGCAUUGCUCUUUCCUGCCUUUGGUUUCUUUGUCAGAGGCGCUGAGCAGCUGAGCUGCUGAGCUGGCCUGGGGAGCCCUGCCUGCUCACCCCAUUCUCUUUCCAGAGAUCUUGCAAGGGUGAUGUGCACCUGCUGGCUACUCCAGGGCAUGGGGGCGGGUUUUAAGAAAACCAACCCCCAUCCUGCCUACAAUAAACACAGGAUAAUAAACAUAAUAUAAGCGGC